AUGUCUAAUCUUACUGCUACUGCAUCUAUGGCCACAAGAAGAGCGAAUAUCUUUAGUAGCACUGCUACUACACCUAUUAACUCUCCUCCCAAUUCGCCCCCUCCUCACCCUCAUCUUCAACCUCAUCUUCAACCUCAUCUUCAACCUCAUCUUCAACGUCCUCAUGAAUUUCCUAUCGUAGACAGUGAAAACACAUUGACAGAUUUCUCUACUAUUCAACAGCAAUUGAUUAAGAAUAGCAGCAAUAAUCUCUCGGCGGACAGCAUCAUUUGUGUUGAAAAGACAACCACGCAUCACAAUUACUAUGAUGUGGAGAAGCUCGCUAGUGGCAGCAAUGGCAACAGCAACAUGAUUGGUGAUGAAACUGCUAAAAAUACCUCUAUUCUGUCUUCUUCUGCCAAUCAGUCUACAUUGAGGCUUUCAGGAAUGGGAAAUCCUGCUAUCAUUGCCAACUGGGGAUUUGCAACUGUAACCAUGCUUAUGGCAUUGCACAAACUAAUUAUACCGACAGAAUCAAACCACUUGAUGUUACCCACAGCUUUGAUGUACGGUGGUCUAGCCCAGUUCAUUUCGGGUUUCUUGGUCUUGAUCAGUGGCGAUAGUUUUAGUGGCUCUUUAUUCGUUACAUUCGGUGCUUACUGGUUAGGCUCUGGUAUCAUGAUGGUGCCCUCUGUAGGUCAAACAUUGAAUGUGUACGCUAUCAAUCAUAAGGAAGCCACCACUACCGCCAUGUUUCUGUAUCUUUGGGCCUUUUUCGGCUUGAUGGUCUGUGGUAUCUCGCUCAAGGUCAAGAACGGUAGUUUCUUGACGACCUGGUGUCUGUUCUUUAUCUUUUUGAAUCUCUUUUUGGAAGCGUGCUAUACAUUGACUGGCAUCGUUUCAUUAAUGCAAGCCAGCGGUGUUGCCUGUAUCUGUGCUUCUAUGAGCGGUUACUACAGCGGUAUUGUGGAUAUCUUUGCUGAACAAGGUGUUGAAAUGUGGACAGGCAAAUACAAGCACUCUCGAUAUACCUAG